UCGAUCAAAUAUUGUUGUUACAAUUCGGCUCUGCGAUGAGAUCCAGGGAGAAGUCUCCGUUUCGCGUGCACCGAGAAGACAGUGCUCGGGGGAUGGGCUGUGUAGCAAAAAUGUAAAGCAUUACGCUCUCACUCUUCGAAGUCACGUUCAUCCAACUGCACGUCUUAUUGUUCAUCGACGGGUGCAUCUAUGUGUAUCCAUAUAUCUAUAUAUAUGGCUCGCCAUUUGAAAUCAAUGGAAAACAAUACACCUCGGUUCCGUGACAAAUGCUUGGAUUAGGUUUUCAUGCAUCGUUCAAGAACCUCGAUGCUCUUGCAAUUCUUAGAUUAUGUAAUGCCAAUAAGCAGUUCCAACUCGCAUUCAACGAUAAGCAGGUCGUCAUUGAAUAUCAGAAGGAAGUCAGCGAGAGUUCAAGAAAAAGACAACAAAGAAAGUCAAUUUCUAACGAUUGCACCCGCCCUACCUGUUCUAACCAAAGCUCCAGUCAUUCAGAAAUUAACGAAACGUUCUUACAGUACUUACAGCUCGUCAAGCUCAAGCUACCAAACCAAAAAUGAUCAAGUCGGAGGCUGCAAUGUCGUCAAUCUGCAGCAAUCAGAAGAAGGUGAAUUUGUGGUGGCUAGUCGAGAUCCUCAGGAGCGCGAGAAAAAUCCCGACAGAAUAUGUUUGGAUAGAAGAGGACUGACGACGUUUCCCUACAUAGUCGACGAGCCGAGACUCCGCUUGAUGUCCCUCCAACACAAUUUGAUUUCAAAAAUAGAGAAGAAUCAACUGAUGCACCAUAGCAAAUUAGUAUUUUUGGAUCUUUACGAUAAUCAGAUCGACAAGUUCUGUGACUUUGAAUCUUUGGAGAAUCUCCGGGUGUUGUUGAUGGGUAAAAAUAAAAUUAAAAAAAUCGAAGGCUUGAAGGGACUGACAAAACUAGAAGUACUGGAUCUACAUGGCAAUCAAAUAGUACAAGUAUCGGGCCUCGAGAACUCGAGUUUGCUGAAAGUUCUGAAUUUAGCUGGAAACAAUAUAAAGAAUAUCGGUUUCAAUGACUUUCAUGGUCUGUCUAGUCUGCGCGAACUGAAUUUGAGACGUAACAAAAUCAAGAAGCUGCUGGGCUUCGAAGGCACUCCGCUUUUGCAAAAAUUGUACCUCAGCAACAACGACAUUCAAAAGAUAGAAGACAUGAGUAGUUUGGCCAAAGCACUGCAAAUCAAGGUCAUAACCAUCGACGGCAAUCCAGUGACUCUUACGGCCGAAUGCGUCUCGUUUCUUGUAUCCUACCUGCCAAAUCUCCAGAGUAUCUCCUCGAUGCAAGUCACGGAGCAAAUACGCCGAACUGCUAUGGCUUGGAGGACUCUGAAGGAACAAUCCAACUCAGCUUUUCUGGAUCUUAGCACUCAAGUCUGCGUGAACGUUAGGCGCGAAGAGGUCAUAUCCAACGCUAAGACCAAUUGGGAACUUCUUAGGUCACAGACCAGGUGUUUCAACAGCAAUGCCAGCAAAGCCAAUAGCAUCAAGAACGACCAAUUGAGGGGAUUCACUCUGCAGAACACCAAUGUCGUCGACGUGUCGAGGCUGAGGAGCUUAAAUCGUUCCAAGUCCAAAGACUUUGGUAGCCUGAGUUCCAUCAACGAACAUACUAUAGCGGCCAAAAAGAGCUGCACCAAGAGAAGCAGUUCGAUCGACAAUCUGCUGAAAAUUCCCAACUCGAAUUGCAUCGAGAAUCUCGAGUUCAAACUGCCGCCAAUUCUAGUUCCUAUUAUUGACAAUUUGACGAAUAAUCAGGCAACCAUCACGAAAGCCGCAGUCGCGAGCAAGAGCAAUUCCCAAACGACCCAAGAUUACUCCGAUUCGUCCGGCAGCGAUGCCGAGUCAUCCGAAAGUCACCGCAGCCUGAAGAGCAGUUUGCGCGAGCACCUCAUCAAGCUUGUCCGUCGCACGAACUCGGCCGACUGCGAGGCGAACGAUCUCGCCGUCGCGAUGAAGAACGACGAUCAGGCGAACAAUUUGUCGGCGAUCAGCGUGAAAACGCAAAACGAAGAGAAACAGAACGGCCAAGCCAAAUCGAUCAUUCGUUCGCGAUUAGACUCGAGCUCCAAAGGGAGUAGCUUGGACAACGGCGCCAAAUCGACUUUCGGCGCUGACUCGAGCAGCUCUUCGUUGUCCGGCUCGGACAGGCAUAGAGUUAACAGCGCGCAGGUGAAGAAGAUUGUUCACUACAAGAGCAACAGAGCCGCGACCGCGCGAGCAAAAUACAAAGCUACCACUGUACCAACUCCGCCGCCGCAGAUACCUCUGUCGAAAGAUAGGGAACAAGGUGGUGACUAUUUGGUGGAAAUCGUCGGACGUUGUCUGCACAUCUACGGCCAAGGAGCUUUGCGCUGCAUCGAUCGACAGUGGGACCCAUCGAAAGCCAGCGAGAUCAAUCUUGUCAAGUUCAAUUACGUGCACUUCAACGGCAUAGCCGGUGUCUUGGGCAAGCUCAAGCACAGAUUUCCGAAUGCCGAGCACUUUGUCUUCAAGGAGACCAACAUUAAUCAUCUAGGACAAAUCAAUGCACUGGCCGACACAGGCACCAUCAAUAGCAUACAAAUCGAAGCCGAGGGCAAUCCAAUUAUCUCAAAAAAUUGGAAAGAUUACGCAAUAUUCAGAUUGGCUCAUUGGGGCUUACAAUUAAUCAAUGGCUCACCGGUGACGGAAGAAAGCGUGAACGUGGCUAACGAGGAAUAUUCGGGAUUGGCUGACAUAGUGAUAUGGUCGAUACCGGAUGCACUUUUGCAACCAAUACUUCAUCGUUACCGUCUCGAACGAAUUCAAAAACAACAUGGGGAACAAUUAACUGCCAAACAGUUUUUAUUUAACAGUGAUCCAGCUAUCAAGACCGUCAUCGCUAAAGAGGCUUUGCUCUGGCGAAAAGGCAACAUAACUCAGGAUGAUUUGAUAUUGAGGCACAAAGGAAAAAUUCAUCUUUCACAAUCGAUCGACCAGACUAUCAGUGCGAUUCAGAAGUUGCAAACACUGAAUGAGGAAUGGCCUAGUAUUUUACAAGAAAUAGUUUACAGUACAUUAGUCGAUUACUCCGACAUGGGAGAAUACAUGAAACGCCGAAUCAAUGAACUUGAAAAUAUGUAG